AUGCCCGCGGCGUCCGACCCCCAGCUGCUCUCCGCGGGCGAGGCGCACGCGUUCCAGAGCUUCCUCGCCGCCGUCGACGACGGGCUCGCGCCCGAAUGGCACAUGUACGCGAGCGGCGGUGCGCAUGGGGGGGGAGGGGGCGCGGCGAUGGCGGGCAUCGAGGUGCCCGCGGGGAGGGAGGCGCUGGCGAAGGCGACGAAGGACCUGAUGGCGCUCGACCACCGCGCGCCGCCGCCGCCACAACAACAACAACAACAACAACACCAACAACCGCAGCAGCCGAGCAGGCAUGCGACGACGGACGCGCCGAGCUACGCGCACGAGCCGCACUACUCGUUCGGGUACGUGCACUCCCGUCCGCCCGCCCGCGCGCACUCGUCGUCGGCCGCGCCGCCGCACACGCUGCACCCCCUCCCCGCGCCCGCGCCCUCCGCCCUGCCCGCAUCCGCAUCCGCAUCCCGCCCGCCCGCCCCGCGCCGCCCGCCCAAACGGCCUAGCACCUCCUCCAGCACCUCCUCCAGCACCACCACCACCACCACCACGACCACAUCCACGAACGCGAAACGCCGGCGCGCCUCGCCCUCGCCGAAGCCCGCGCUGCUCACGCCGUCGCAGAAGAAGGCGAACCACAUCCAGAGCGAGCAGAAGCGGCGCGCGAACAUCCGGCGCGGGUACGAGGCGCUGUGCGACGCCGUGCCCGCGCUGCGCGCGGCCAUCGCGCGGGAGGAGGCGGAGGAGAGGAGGGAGAAGGGCAAGGCGCGGAGGAGGGGCAAGGGGAGGGAGGGGAGGGAGGCGGAGGCGGAGGCGGCGGAGAGGGCAGACGGGCGGGCGGGCCCGCGGAGCGAGAAUAUCGUGCUGCAGAAGACAAUCGACUACAUCACUGCCCUCCUGGACGAACGCUCCGCGCUGCUCACGCGGCUGCAGCACGCGCGCGCACGGCUCCCGCCCUCGCACCCGGCGCUGCACCCGCCGUCCGCGCCGCCUCCACUGUGGGAGCGCGAGUGGACCGGGGGGACGGGGGACGGUGAGGAGGAGGCGGGGGCGGGGGAGUGA